AUUUUGAAAGCUUGAAAAACAUUGUGACUCUUUAUCAAAUGAUCUACAGAAAAAUAUUCAAUAACUGCAAAAGUUUUACUUGUUCGAGUUGAACGAUAUGCGCCUAUUAAAAACCAAGACGAGUUUUCUCCCGAAUAGCCUGUGAACUAUGUGAAAGUUGGCUUACAUACAGAAAAGCUUUCCAAAGUGCCUUGUUGAGGUUACUACAGGUUCUUUAAUAAAGAGUUUGUUGUAGAAAACAAUCAAGUAGGAAUACUUUAUCAAAAGUCUUCUAAGGACAGAGUUUGUCUUCCAGCCAAAUACGCUCGUUGAAGUAUUCAAAAAAAGCCAAAAGCACCAGACAGUAAGUAGAGAAAUAUCACUCACCCCGAUAGACAACGAGCAACUUGUUCAGCACGGCGGCGACGAGUUCCUUUGUAACCAAGAAAAAGUAUUCUUGUACCACUGCUGCGUGCUCAGAAAACUACAUAAAUAAAGUAGAAUGAGUCAAGCACAGUGAAAGUUUCUCUGGCAUUUGGCUCAUACGCUAAAAGCCAUUGAAUAAGUGACCAUUAACGUUACAUACAAAUGCCAUAUACAAAAAUAACCAUAUCAUCUUUCCUCCUCUAUUUGAGAAAACUCUAAUCUAAUAUGUUCAAUCAGCAUCUUUGAAAAGAAUUCAACUAUGCUCACUUGGCCCUUCUCCUCCUCACUGAGGGCCGAUUCAUUUCUACGGAAUGAACGCUAGCGGUGGUAGUCUGCGCAUUCUUUCACGUUUAAUUACUAUCACGCCCUUGUGGAAACGAAAUUGGUGUUCUAGCUCGGAAUCUCAGAGAACUGCAUAUAUUGUCUCUGUUGCUCGAACUGCUAUAGGAUCAUAUGGUGGAGCUCUCAAAGAAUAUACGGCUCCUCAACUUGGAGGUUUGGCUAUUCGAAGAGCAGUGGAAGUAUCAGGAAUAGACAAGAGUAAGAUUGACGAGAUAUAUUUUGGUAACGUAUUAUCCGCUGGGGUUGGACAAGCACCAGCCAAACAAGCAUGUAUGGCAGCAGGUCUAGCAGAUACAAUACCUUGUACUACAGUAAAUAAGGUGUGCUCGUCUGGUUUGAAAUCAACUGUGUUCGGCGUUCAGUCUAUUCAGUUGGGACUAGCAAACAUUGUAGUCGUUGGAGGAAUGGAAAGUAUGACCAAAAGUCCUUAUUAUAUUGAUAGAUUGCGUUUUGGAGCUCGAAUGGGAGAUGUCAAAGCAGUUGACGGUAUGAUUCAUGAUGGAUUAUGGGAUCCUUAUGAAGACUUUCAUAUGGGAAUGUGUGGUGAACACUGCGCUGAAGAACUUCAAAUAUCACGAGCGGAGCAAGAUAACUAUGCUACAAAAUCGUAUUCUAGAGCUGCAAAAGCCACUCAGUUAGGUUCCUUUAAAAAUGAAAUUGUUCCUAUAACGUUAAGUGAUGGCACCGUUUUUGAUGCAGAUGAAGAAGUGAAAAGAUUCAAAGAAGUUGAUCGUCUAGGAGAAUUGAAAACAGUCUUUAAGAAACAAAAUGGAACUGUCACUGCUGGAAAUUCGAGCAAGCUGAGUGAUGGAGCGGCUGCAUUAGUACUAGCAAGUGGUCAGGCAGUUCGAGAAUAUGGCCUGAAGCCGGUUGCAAAGAUAAUGAGUUAUGCAGAUGGAGAACAAGCUCCUAUUCGUUUUCCAACCACUCCUGCCAAGGCCGUAAAAAUAGCUCUUGAAAGAGCAAAACUUGCCACAAAAGAUGUUGACUUUUGGGAAAUCAACGAGGCAUUUUCUGUCGUUGCAGUUGCAAACUGUAAGCUUUUAGAUUUGAAUCCGGAACAUGUCAACAUUUAUGGAGGUGCAGUUUCACUCGGUCAUCCCAUUGGCGCUUCUGGUGCUCGUAUCUUAGUGACACUUACUUCUGUAUUGCAGCAGACCAGUGGAAGUAUAGGAGUUGCAGCGAUAUGUAAUGGUGGUGGUGGAGCAACUUGUGUAGUUAUUGAAAGAACUACUUAAAACUUGACAAAUUUUCAUUCCAUGCAAAUACAAGCAAACAAAUCUUUUAGGA